CCACCCCACCAGACUCUUCCCCUCUCUCACACCGGUAGUUGUCAUGGCGAUGGAGUCAGCCUCGGCGUCGGCUCCAGGGGUUGUUGCCAUGGAGAUCCCGGUACGAGGUGCGCUCCCGGUGGUGGAGGAAGACGAGGGCUACAGCGCGCCGCAGCCUGGGUCCGAGGAGCGACUACGGUACCGUCGAGAAGGAGUGAGACGGCGGCGCGGGGUGCCGUUCAACCGGGGCGGCUACUACAUGCUGAUAGUGAUCGGGGAGAUCGGCACGGAGCACCAGCUGGACACCGCCAGAGCGCAGAUAGAGCGGGGACUUCGAUCCUGGGACGUCGACCUCAAGUGCUGUGACCUUGAUCAGCAGCUGCAGCUAUUUAUAACUCGUCACUCCGCCCACUUCUCCUCCGAGGUCAGAGGACAGAGAACUCUCCACCACAGAAGUGAUGUCCUAGAGACAGUGGUGCUUGUCAACCCUUCAGAAGACACUGUUGUAUCAGAGAUCCAGUCUCUAGUCACAGACUCAGCAGGACACAAGCUUCUGGUCUUGAGUGGCCAGAGCUCAGAUCACAGUGGCCUCCUUCUUCAAACUGGGGUUUUCACCUACCAGACCUUUUCACGUGUCUUUGCUGAUCCUGGGGUCAGUGAAUUACUGGGCACAACAGCCCCCAAGCAGCAGGCUACACUCACUGUGUCCUGCCGCGGGGAGGUGGGCUGGAGCUCCCUGGGACAGCAGCAGACCCUGCGGGAGUUCCUGGAAUACAAACUAAACCCUGAGCCUGUUCUCCCCAAGAUGGAGGGCGUCACCGAGUUCACAGAGUACAUCUCUGAGACGGUCGACGUCCCUUCACCUUUUGACCUCCUGGAGCCACCAACCUCCGGAGGCUUUCUGAAACUGUCCAAGCCAUGUUGCUACAUCUUUCCCGGUGGACGAGGAGACUCUGCUCUCUUUGCUGUGAAUGGCUUCAACAUCUUAGUGGAUGGAGGCUCUGAACGAAAAUCAUGCUUCUGGAAGCUGGUUCGUCACUUGGACCGCAUUGACUCGAUUCUACUCACACACAUUGGUGCUGACAAUCUCCCGGGUAUCAAUGGGCUGCUUCAGAGGAAGAUAGCAGAACAGGAGGAGGAGCAGUCUCAAGGCUCCACCAACUAUAGCGACUGGAUGAAGAACCUGAUCUCUCCUGAACUAGGUGUGGUAUUCUUCAACGUGCCGGAGAAGCUCCGUAUGCCAGAAUCUAACCUUAAAGUGAAACGCAGCAUCGAAGAGGCCUCACUGACUUUGCAGUACCUUAACAAACUAGGAAUCAAGCCGGAGCCUCUCUUUCGAGUAGUCAGCAACACCAUUGAGCCCAUUACUCUGUUCCACAAGAUGGGAGUGGGCAGGUUAGACAUGUAUAUCCUCAACCCUGUCAAAGACAGUAAAGAAAUGCAAUUUUUAAUGCAGAAGUGGGCUGGCAACAGCAAGGCAAAAACUGGUAUUGUGUUGCCCAAUGGGAAAGAAGGAGAAAUAUCUGUACCCUACCUGACAUCAGUUACAGCCUUAGUCGUCUGGCUCCCCGCCAACCCUGCAGAAAAGAUCGUCAGAGUGCUGUUCCCUGGGAAUGCGCCACAAAACAAGAUCCUAGAGGGGCUCGAAAAAUUAAAGCACCUUGACUUCUUGCGCUAUCCUGUAGCCACACAAAAGGACAUUGCCUCAGGAGCUCCUCCCUCUGUUAUAAAACAAACCAAGUUAAAACAAAGAACAGAUAGCAAAGAGAGUCUCAAGUCCUCCCCAAAGACUACUGCAAAGGCCUCAAAGAAAGAAACUGAAGGACAAGAUGAUGUGUCAGCCGCCACAGAGGCAAAGAGUGACUCUGUGAAGGAAAAUAUAUCAGAGAAAAAAGAGGAGAAAAAACCUACUAAAACUAUAAAAUCUAAAACUGAUGUGCCAGAAAAGAAAAAACUCUUGAAAGAAAAAUCCUUAAAAAAGCACCCUAAGGAAAGGGUGUCAAAAAUGGAUGAGAAAAAGGACAAGGAAAAGAAAGAGAUCAAGAAAGUAAAGAAAGACGACUCUGCUAAAAAAGAUGAAAAGAAAGAUGUUAAGUCCAAAGAGGACAAAAGGAAGGAUGCAUCCAAACCUGAGCUAAGAAAAAUGACAAAGCCUGACCUAAAACCACUUACACCAGAAGUCAGAAAGACAUUACAUAAAGCUAAAGUGUCAAAUAAAGCCAAGACUGGAAAAAUCAAAACAGCAAAGGCUGAACCUGCUCAACCGAAGCCAGAAGAGCCAAAACCUGAAACUGCUCACUCUGAACCAAUACAGAAUGGAGCUGUUGAGGGCACGUCUGCUCCCUCAACUCCUGAGGACCUCACCAAGGAUUAUGAAGAACUGAAAAAAGCUGAAGUAGUAGCUGUAUCAGCAGAGCCACCAGACAGUAAUGAGGUUUCAUUGGAGCUGACAGCACAAAACCUUACCCAAGAGAAGCAGGAAGCACAAGAAACUAUAUCUGAAAUUCCACCUGGCACAAAGUCUCCAGAAAAGGAGAUAUCAGCCCCAGAAGUGAAAGCUGAAGUUGAAGACAAAGACAAGCAGCCAACACAAGAGAGAGAAAUAGAAGACGCUCAAAAGUUUGAGGAUGAGGGAGCAGCAACUCAGGAUGAGGAAGAGGAAGAGGAGGAGGAAGAGGCCCCAGCUGCUGAAAAGAAAACAGAAGAAGAGGACGAAGAAGAUAUGGGAAUAGGUGAAGAGGAAGAUGAGGCAAAGGACGAUGGGCUUGACAGGAAACACGAGAUAGAAGAAAUGGAGAAAUCAGACAAUCUCUCAGCCAAGGAUGUUACAAAAGAGGGGUUACAAAUGACUCCAUCCAAGGAGGAAGAGGAGGAGGAGGCAGUGGAGAAAGCCGAACUGGAGGAGGUAGAAGAUUUAGAUGUAAUAGCAGAUGAAGAGAUCAAAGUCAAACCUGAAGAUGCAGUUGAAGAACAAAUGUUCACUGAAAGCAAAACCACAGAAAUUCUGACUGCAGCCGAAGAAGAAGAAGAAGAGGAAGAGGAGGGCUACCUGUCACAUGUUGGAGGGGCCACAGCUCCCAUAACCUCAGUGGCUCAAGGAGCCGCUGCCGCUGAACCCAUCUCUUACAUCCAAGACGAGACCAUUCCCGGCUACUCUGAGACAGAGCAGACCAUCUCUGAUGAGGAGAUUCACGAAGAGGCAGAGGAGAGGAUACCACACCUUCAGUAUGAUGUCGGUGCCUACGACAUCUCUGUUCCAGAUCAGACUGGAUCAUUUGUAAACAUUCACGGCAUGAGGGAAAUGCAAGCUGCGGCUAUGACCGAGAAAAGUUUUAUCCCAGGUGUGCAGGAGCAAGUAUCAGUGUUCACCAACAUCAUCACUGCUCCUCUGGCAGAAGAGGAGCAUGUGUCUUCUGCAACGUCCAUCACAGAGUAUGACAAAAUGUCUUCCUUUCCUACUUCUAUCGCCGAAGACCAAUCUGUGGCAUCUGCCGCAGCACCUCAAGCUGAGGAACCACCCAAAACCCCUGUUCCUCUGUCAACCCCACCUGAUUCUACCCAAGGCAAAGAGCAGCCUCUCUCUGCAGGAACUCUUUCACCACCUUCUUUAGAAGAUGACAAACCAUCCAAGUCACCAUCUGAUGACUUACAGCUUCCUGUUGCAGAAGUGAAGACGGGGGCUACAGCUCCUGAUGGUCACAAUGAGGAGGAAGAAGAAGAGGAGGAAGAAGACCAAACUCCUAAUGUUGAUAUUUCACUUGAAAAACUCCAAGAGAGCUAUGCUUCAUCCCAAUUAUUACAGGGUCAAGAGAAAGAUAUUGAAAAGCUCGCUGGCUCCGUGUCUCCAGUUUCAACGUCUAUACAAGACACCAAACCAGUCCACCUACCAGUUGAAGAGGAAAAUAUAGACGCAGUUGCACAUAAAGAUAUUUCAUCUGUUGUGCCUACUAGACCUUUUGGAUCAGACUCAGUAACUUCAGAGAGUGAAGAGCGCUGCUUCAGUCCGGAUGAUAUCACUGUGAAAAUGGCCUCCCCUCCACAGUCCGGACCAACGAGUGCAGCUCAUUCUCCACUUCGUCAGUCACCAGUGGAAGACAAGAUGAAGGUCUUCCCAGAUUUGGAGCUGCAAAAGCAAGAGGAGCUCCUCGAUGUAGUCACAGCAAAUGAAGACAAAACUAAAAAGAAAGCUGAAGCAGAUCAGCAUGAAGUAGAAGUUUCAACAUCUUUGAACAAAUCAUUUGAGAAGGACAUAAAAGAGGUUUCAGAAAAAGAUGAAGGCAAACAGGCAGAAACAAUACCUGUUGUUGCUGCAUCUUUAACAGAAGUUCAGCCACACGUGUUAGGGAGGGAUUCACUCAUCUCAUCUGGACAACAUGAUGAAGAGGUUGACAAAGGGCUCAAAGAGAAAGAACCUAAAGUGCCUGUUCCACGUACAUUUCCAGAGAAGGAGAAUCGUUUUCAGGAUGACGAUGAUAACAAGAAAGAUGAUGAUGAUCAUCAUGAUGAUAAAUCUGCAGUUAAAACCGUCAAGGCGGAACAGAAUAAACAAAAGGACGACACCGCCGAUGUCAUACAAAUAAAGGAUGAGCAAAAACAGAAAUCUGUCAUCCAGGAAGACAUUUCGGCCAUUAAGUCCAUCACAGAUGAAAAAGCAGAGAAACAGGCAAUAAAAGAUGAUACCUCUGAUAUUAAACCUAUAAAAGAGGAGCAAAUUGCAAAGGACAUUGUCACUGUUGACAGAGCCAUUAAAGAUGAACAACAAGAGCCUGAAAAUCAGAUGGAAAUUGUAGAUGUUGUUUCUGAGGCAAAACAAAUCAAACAUGAGCAGAAGCAGAAAGAUACAAAAAAAGAUGAUGAUUUUGACCUCAAAACCAAAGGUGAGGUAAAGAAGACAGAGGUUAAAAUGGACGAUGUAUUUGAUAGUAAGAUUUUGAAAGAGGAGGAGAAGAAAGAGACAGAAAAGGGUGAUACUUUUGAUGUCAGCUCUAUAAAGACUGAAAAGAAAGAGAUUGAAAAGGUCCACGCCACAGAUAUCAAGCCUGUUAAAGACGAGAUGGAGAAAGAGGCAAAGAAGGACGAUAUGCCCAUUAUUGAGCCUACUAAAGAUGAGAAGAAAAAGGAGAUAGAAACAUCUGAUAAAGUGAUGGAAGAUAAGAAAGAGGAAAAAGAGAUGGAAAAGAUGGAUGCAAGCCCUACCAAGCCCUUUACAGAUGAGCAGAGAGAAAAGGAAAAAGAGAUGGGUGACACUGUUGCUAAACUCACCAAAGAAGAAGUUAUUAGUAAAGGUGAUACGUCUGCUGUUACCAUCAAAGAAGAAAAGGGGCAAGAGAUUUGUAAAGAUGCUAUCUCAACCAUUAGCUUCACCAAGGUAGAGGAAAAGGAUGAAACAGUGAAUAAAGAUGAGAUUCUUGCUGCCAAGCCAACCACAGAGCAAGAAAAAGAGAAAGAGACUUGUAAAGAUAAUAGUUCUGACACCAAACUCUCAAAGGAGCAGGAAAAGGAUAUGACAACAAGCAAGGAGGAUGCUUAUGUUUUCAAAUCUACUAUAGAAGAAGACAAGAAAGAAGACAUAAGCAAAGAUGAUACUGCUGCUAUAAAACUUACCAAGGAAGAGGAAAAAGAUAAACUGCCAAGUAAAGAAGAUACUUCUGCUGUUAAACCAACAGUUGGAGAAGAAAAGGAACAAGAGGAAAGUGAAGAUGAUACUGCUGUCAUCAAACUUACCAAGAUGGAGGAAGAGCAUGUAAUAGUAUGUAAAGAUGAUGAUUUCUCUGCCACAUCAACCAAGGUAGAAGCAAAAGAGACACUUUCUGCCAAACCAGUCAUGGAGGAAGAAAAGGGGCAAGAAACAAAUAAAGAUGAAGAUGUCACUUCUGCUGUUAAACCCGCCAAGAUGGAGGAAGAGAAUGUAAUGAUGAGCAAAGAUAUUUCUGCUGUCAAAGCAUCCAAGGACGAAACAAGCACAAAGGAUGACAUUUCUGUUGCUAAACUCACCAUGCAAGACGAAAAGGAGAAAGAAAUCAGUAAAGAUAUUUGUGCUGUCAAAUCGCUAGAAGAGCAGGAGAAAGCUAUAGAUAAGGAGGAAACUUUCACUGUGAAACCAUCAGAGGAGGAAGAAGUGUCAAUUCAGGAUCAUAGUGUUGCUAUCACACCCAUCAAGGAUGAAAAAGAAACAGUGACAAUUAAGGAUGACAUUUCUGCUAUCAAACUUACCAAGGAGGAGGAAAGCAAAGACACUGCUGGUGUAAAAUCCCUCGCAGAUGAGGAAAAGAAGGUAGAGUUGAAAGAUGUUACAUCUGACAUAAAACUCAUCGAGGAGGCAAAAGAAAUCCCAAAGGACAAAAUUUAUGAUAAAGAAAUUAAGGUCAAAGAGGAAGAAAUAGAAAAACAGAAAGAAAAGAGUGAAAUUUCUGAUUUUGUAACCAUGAAGGAGCAGAAGGAAAAUGACAUAGAUGAUACUUCUGUCAAAACUAUGAAGGAUGACAUAGAGGUGGAAAAAAGUGACAUUUAUGACAAACAAACCAAAAUGCAGGAGACAGAAGAGCAGAAGGGCGAUAUCUCUGACCACAAACCGAUUUUGGAAGAAAUUAAGGAUAAAGAAACUGACUCCAGUGUUGAGCAACCCAAGGACACGAAAGAGAAAGACUCAUCUAAAGUUGAAACCAUCGAGGAGGAAAUGAAAGAUGUAGUCAAACAGGGCAGUCGUGAACCUGAAUCCAUCAAACAGGAGACAGAGAAAGAGAUGUACACUCCAACAAUCAGCGCCAAAGAUGAGAAAAAAGGGAAAGAUGAUUAUUCUUUUGAGUCUGAAUCUAAGACAGAUGGUAAAAAAGAAGUAGAUGUGUCUCAGACCUUGGAAGAGGAGAAAACUAAAAAGGAUGAUAUUUGUGACGUUAGUGAUAAGCAUAUACAAAAAGAAACCUCUGAUAAGCUUACUGGAACUCAGAAAGAGAAGGAAACAUUUGGCGCUACAUCAGUAGAAAUGCAGCAAGACACUUCUGUAACUACAUCAAGUGAAGACUUGACACCAGUUAAAGAUAACAUUUGUGUGUCUCCCAGCCACAUCCAGGAGAAAAAAGAUCAAGAUAAAGAAGCAAAGGUCAUUAUUAGUCAAGAAGAGAAAAUGGAGAAAGAAAAAGAUGAUGCACAUGUUGCUGAACUGAGCAAAGAACAGAAAAUGGAAAAAGAACAAGAAAAAGAAUACACCUAUGGGACUGAAGACAUCAAAGAUGAAAAAACAAAACCAGAAGAGGAUGAAAAGAUGAUUAAAGAAAAGGAUGUUGCUGACAAGAAGACAGAUGAGAUAACUGAGAAAGAAAAGUAUGACCCCUCUGAUGCAGACCACACCAAAGAGGAGAAAUGGGAGAGCGAGGAGUUACAAGAGAAAGACCUGGACAAAGCCAUUAAACAACCUGCACAGACAGUAUUAGGAGAAGCAGCAAUGGGAUCCAAGUCAGAUUACAAACCUGCAUUUGUGGUUCAGUCCUCCGAUGAAGACAGGGAAGAUGAAGAGGAGGAGGACAUUUGUAUGGGAGGAGCAGGCUCCAGACCUUUGUCAGUGGAGCCAAGAAAAUCAGAACAUGAUAUCUCCUCUGCAGGUCUACCCUCAUCCCAAACUCCACAGACAAGUGACCAAACUAAACCGCCAAUAUCAGAACAGACCACAGUGAUCAUACCAACACUUACAAUGCAGGAGCCCUCUAUUGAUGAAGACAUCAAAGAGUUUGGCAAAGAAGAAUCCAGACUUUCACCUGAAGCAGGCAAAGAUGUUGUGAAAAUAGAAACCACACCUGCACCACUUGCCAAGCCAGAGCCCUCCUUUGAUAUUGUCACAUCAAAGGAGGAGAUGACCUCUAUUCCUAAACAAGAAACAGCUUUUGAUAUCCCAGCAGCUAAAGCAGAACCAAUGUCAGACUCAACUGGGAAAAAGCCUGUUUUGUCAACAGUAUCAAGCAGUGACAGUCAACCAAGGAGCUGUACGCUUUCGAGCACUGAGAGCCAGUCCAAUGUGGAGGAAUCACCACAACAAGAGAAACAGAUACCAUCUCAGACAAGCUCAAGAGUCAGUGCUACAGAAAAGACAAAACUGGAUGAGAAACCAGGAAAGGAAGCAGAGAGGGAGAUGGAAGGAGAGAGAGAGGUGGCUUCUCCAGGAUUAACACAGCCUUGUUCAUAUUUCAUGUUGGACAAAGAGGCCAGCCACACUGAAGGUGUAAAAUCAGACACUGCAAAAAUGGAGAGUGUUGAUAAAAUGACCUCAGAGAAGGAAACGGUCAGUGGAAGCCCUGGAGAUGAAAAGCAAACCUUUGGUGCGUCCAAGUACGAUCCAUAUGAAAAGCCCAUUCCAAAGGAUCAUGACUCGGACUCUCGAGAAGAAAGUGAGGUUUCUUUAGGUUUUGAUCACACCUCUGAUAUGGGUAUUGAUGAUAACAGAAGAACAAGCCAGACUGGAGGAGCCAUGUUCCUCCUGGAUGAUCAGUACAAAGAAGAGCCUCUGUCCUUUAGCAGAGUCGACUACAGCCCGGUGUCCCUCACAGAGAGUGAAAGAAGCAGCCACCACGUUCAGAGUGCCUCGCCUAAAUAUGAAGACAGAGAGAAAGGCCAAGAGGAAGAGAGGGAGAGAGAAGAAAGACCAGAUACACCUUAUGUUGACCAGAGUUUUUCAUCCAUUGACAUGGGAGAUAACAAAAUGUCCCAGGCUGCUGAGUCUUAUUCUUUCAGUUCCAAAGAGGACAAACCUGAGAAAUCAGAGAAAGAGAAAGAGGAUAUGAUGGAAGGUGCUGCAGCAACUUUUCAAACAGGGGCAACAGGAGAAAGUGAUGCGAGUGUGGUUUCUACCAGUGCUGCUGUUCAAUCAGCAGGUGUAUCAUUAAGACAAGAAAUACCCUCUCCGUCAUGGAGCCUAUCGGAUCUCGGUACCCAAGUCUCAGCUACUCCCGUAGCUUUUGGAGAAUUCACAGAAAAGAUAACAGAAAAAGACAAAGAAAAAUCUGCUGAGUCACUCAAAGACAAAAUGGAGUUCUCUGAUCAUGAAAGAGAGGGAUCUCCAUCUGGUCGGCAUUCACCUGCAGAAAAAGACAUUUUACCUCAACAAGCAUCACCUUUAGAGAAAGAAACCUCAAGUGAUUCGCAGACUUCACCUGCUGCCACAUUUUUAGGACAUGAAAUAGAUGAUAAUGUUUUGGCAUCUGACAAUAGUGAAAUUAGCAGCUCUGCCACUUGUAAAUCCGUAGACUUUCCUGAAGGAAAAGAGAGUCUGAUAGAUAAAAGGUUACUUGUAGAGGGGGAAGAUUUCAAUGUUGAUGAUGAUGAAGAUGAAGAUGAAGAAGAGGAGGAAGAAGAGGAGGAGGAGUUAAGUGAUGUAGAUAUGGAAAAGGGUGCCAGAGAACAGUCUGAAAAAGAAAUGUGCAGACGUAGCUCUGAUGAUAGUGCUAUGUUAGCAGAGGUACAGGACUCAAAUAAAAAGUCUCAGUUGCCUGAAUCAAGCUGUCUUAAAGAGGAAACAGUCUAUAAACCAAUACCUGAUGACACCUCAGCUUCCAAAGUCACAGAGACAGACAAGCAGGACGUGAGUAAAAAACCACCAUCUCCUGAAACAAAACCACUCAAAGAAGAUGAUACUCGUGACACAGCCACAUCCAAGCUUCCUGAGACAAGAAGUGAAGAUGUAGCUAAAACAACUCCGUCACCAGACCCAGGUGCUCACAAAGUGGACGAAAACUGUUUUACUACAUCAGAUGCCCCAAAACUUCAAGAAACAAAGAAAGCAGAAGACACAGACAAAAAGCAUUUGUCUCCUGAACCAACCACAAAAAGAAGGUUGUCCUCAGUAGAGAAUGUUACUUCCUCUGAAGUACUAGAGUCAAAGAAAGGAGUUGACGACAAAGUAUCGCCAAGCUUUUCGAAAAUGGAAACUAGUCAACCAACAUCCACAAGUAGCUUGACAGGCAGCUCUUUGCCACCUGACCAUUCAGAGUCCAUGUCCAAGACUACGUCUAGUUCUUCCCCUCCACUAAGGGGUAGCUAUGCCGAUAUCGGACAGAGCAGAUCUGGAGGUUAUUCUGAGCAUUUUUACAAUGAGGAGAGUCAAGUAGGAUUGAAGGAGGAUAAGAAAGAAACCCAGCUAUCCAAGCUAAGCGAUGAUAAAUAUUACAGCCAAAGAGACAUCCAAGAAGAAAGUCUAGAUGAGAGGCAGACCCCAGAUAUCACCGCAAAACAAGAGGAAACUACCUCAUCAGCUUGCACAUACACCACCUUAAAAUACUCAACUGCAACAUACUCAUCCACAUCGUACAGUUACUCGUCCUCAGCCUCAACUCCUGCCCCUUUGAGCCAUCAGUUUGGAGACUCUGAAGUAACUCUAGCCAAAGAGGAGCCAUCGUUCACGACAGAGUCUACAAGUUCCUGCUUUGGGGGGUUUCAGAGAGAUGAGUACAUGGAGGUUUCGACGAAACCUACAACAAAAGUGUCUUUACCCAGCCAGAUUGGUGAGACUCAACCAUCUUCUCCAGUCUCGUCUACCACUGCCAAACAGACUGAGGAUCCAAGUGGUUCUGCAAAGCCUGCAACGGAUACAAAGUCAAGCACUGAUAGUUUCUAUACGCUAGAAACUAAGAUGACAACAUCCUCCGCAGCACCAUCUCUACAAAGUACCGAAUCAGUAAUAGUGUCAGAGAUUUUAUCCACAUCAGAGGCUUGCUUUGAUGUCUCUCCCCUCCAAAGGGCUGACUUCUCUGACAGGGUGUCCGAAGGGUCAGUGGAAGAUGAGGAGCCUGAUACACUUGAAAUGGAAGACAGCACCCUACCAUGUCGUAUUGAAUGUCAAAAAAUCGAAGUGGCUGAGCAAAAAGAGACUAUUUCAUCGAUAACUGAGUCAUAUGUAGUAGAAAGUACCAUACAAAGUACCAUACACUCCACAGAGACAGUCACCAUCACCUCUACUACUGUUAUAUCUAAACCUGAUGUGGUGAUGGAAACAACACAACAGACAGCCACAGUUACUCCACUAAGUGAUAGUGGAGCUAGCAAAACCACCUGUGCCACAACAGACAUGUCCAAAACAGAGGAGGAUAAAGAGAAAAAGGAUAAAAAACUGGAGGUAAAAGAGGAAAAGACAAAUGGAGCAAUUGCACCUUUGAAGGAAGAUGCAAAGGUGUCAGAAAAAGAAACAAAAGAAAAAGAUGAAAAGACAGAGACUGCUAAAGUGGAAACAGAGGAAAAGAAACUGGAGGAUAAGACAUGCAAAGACAGCACAGAGGAGAAGAAGGCAACCGCUGAUCAAAAGAUAUGUGAAAAAGCAGAAGAUGGUAAGAAAGGAGAGGCAGAAAGAGUAGAGGAGAAAAGCUUGUUGGAGAAGCCACCAGAGAGAUUAGAGGUCAGGAGAAAGAGCAGUAUAUCUGAUUGGGAGCUACUACAGAGGCCUGAAGACUGUCCAAGUGCCCCUCCUCCAGGUUUUGGCGAUGAUGAGGAGGAGGAUGAGGAAGCAAUGGAAGCAAUGGAAUGGAUGGCCAGUGUCCACAGUACCCCUAUGUCCACCUCAAAAGAUACCUAUCACACAGAAACAUCUAGCAAAGGAGCCGUAAAGGCUGAUCGUCCCUCUGACUUGAACACAGGAGCCACCUCCUCCUCUGCCUCCCAUGCAGGCUACUCCUCCUGCGAAUAUAAACACCGUAAAGGAGAACUUUCUCCAUCGUUCAUCAACCCCAGCCCUCAUCAGCUCUCCAGUGACGAGGGCGAGGAGGACGGCCGCAGUGACCACUCCGAAGAAGGGGAUGAGGAUGAUCAGGAGCAACAUUCUGUGAAAAGGAGGUCGCACAAGCAGAGGCACCACCAUGCUCAGAGUUACCAUGGAGACGCUGGACAGGGGCCACCCCAGCUACCUGGCGCCACGUCAUCCGGUUUGGCUGUGACGUUGGCUGGAGAGGAAACACCUCCGACAUCAGUGAGCGACUCGUUGCCUUCACAGUCUGAUUCUGACGUCCCUCCAGAAACCGAGGAGUGUCCGUCCAUAACAGCUGAAGGAAAUCUGGACUCAGACGAAGACGCUGAACAUCUGCCGGUGGACAAAUUAUCUGCAUCUGGAGCUGGGGGGGGUCACCAUCCUCCAUCACCAAGGUCAGCUCAGAGGACUCAUGAUCCUCCCCCGACCCCAAUGAAGGACCCUCAUCCCCACCCUCCCCAACCAGAUGUGUGCAUGGUAGAUCCAGAGGCUCUUCUCAAUGACCACAGCAGCACAGAGAAACUUCUUAAGAAGGAGCACAAGACCACCAAGGGCCUCAAAAAGGGCAAACCCAAGUCAGCCUCCCCCGCUCGUAAGGGUGAAGUCAGGAAGAGGUCCUCUACUCCAGUGAAGCAGACUUCCAAGGACUCCGCCUCACCUCGAUCAGCCUCCCUCAGGAGGAAGGACACAGAGAGAAGCUCCAGGCUGAUCAAGAUGUCUGAGACCCAAGGCUCCAGGAGUGAGAUCCUCAAUCCGGGGAAAGGCUUGGUCAAUGGUGUCAAGAGCAGUUCAGGUAACAACUCCCAGAAAACUAGCUCAGCCGUCCCCCCUGGACCACCAGUCUACGUCGACCUGGCAUAUGUGCCCAACCACUGCAGUGCCAAGAACGUGGACCAGGAAUUCUUCAAGAGAGUGCGAGCUGCGUACUACGUGGUGAGUGGGAACGACCCAGGCAGCGGGGAGCCCAGCCGCGGAGUCCUGGACGCCCUGCUGGAGGGCAAAGCUCAGUGGGGCUCCAAUUUACAGGUGACCCUGAUCCCGACCCACGACACGGAGGUGACCCGGGACUGGUACCAGCAGACCCACGAGAAGCAGCAGGACCUGAAUAUCAUGGUUCUGGCCUCCAGCAGCACCGUAGUGAUGCAGGACGAGUCCUUCCCUGCCUGCAAGAUCGAGUUCUGAGCUUCAUGAGCCCAGCCGUGCUCCCCAUCCUCCCCCUCCCUGUCAUCUGUUCUCACUGGUGGUAGAGCGAGAGCGAACAGCACUCUCUGCUUCUUCAAAGCUUCUCUCUCUCUCAUGGUACCAGUCUCAAAUGCACUUGCUGCAGCCCUCAAUACACUAGAUUCUGUUAGCUGAAAUCAAAGUCAAAACUCUGGGUUUAUGCUCUCUGUGACAGUGGGGUUACCAUGCAAAUAAUAACGUACUUUCAUGUUUGUUUUCUUCUGUGAGUUAACCGUCUGCCCUAACACAUCUCUUAUACUAGCACUAACAAUUGUGAUUAAAAAUUCAAAUCAUUUUCAGCAACAUAAUCACAUGUAACAAUUUUCUUUGCCUCAUAACUAACAGAAAAAUGUACCCACAAAUGCAUAAUGCCACAGUUAAACUAUAAUUUAGUAAUGUGUAAUUCUGAAACUGUUGGCUCAAAUUAACUUGGAAAUGUAAUACUCCCAAGUGGCAAAUUUCUCAUCCAAAGGGCCAAAACGUGUGCCAAAACACUAUUAAAACAGAAAUUCGUAUUAUACAUAAAGUUCUCCAAAAUGUCUCAAUCAGUGAUCAGUAAUUUGUUUAGAUUGUAUACAGUGUUUUAGAAGAGUAGAAAUCUUUCUUUCUUAAUUCGAAGCUAUCUUUUCCAUCAGUGCACAUGACAAAACCCAUCCUUUGCAAUUCUGCUCACGCUACAGUAGUUUUUGGAUUAACUCAAUAAUGACAUAAAUUGAUGUUAUGUAAAAAAAACAAAAAAAACAACAAAAAAAAAAAACGUUCCUUCUUGUCAUUUGUGGUGAAGUUUUAGGAGGUGCCUGAAGUUGCCACUGUUUGAAAUCUUUCUUCUCGGCUUUCACAGCUUCGCUGGUGCAUGAUGCUUGCGUUUUAGCUCGGACUCUUUCAGAACUGCAUAGGGUUAAUCCUUUCUUUAGCCAGCCUUCAAGUCUGGAUUGCAGUAUAGUGUAGAUAGGUUACUACACUGUUUGGCUGUCUAUGCUCAAGUGAAUUCAAUAGGCGCCAGGCAAAGGGACGAUGUUUGUACAUUAAUCAUGUCUCUGCUGGAUGUAACGGUUCCUCUAAGUCUUUAUCAUGGUCUUUGUUGGUUGUAUGUACUCCAGUAUACAUAUAGGGUAAAUGUUUCUAUCAAUACAGAGGUUAUGUUAAAUAAAUGAUAUAUUUUGUGAUGAUGCAGCAAAUUAGAUCCUUUAAGCGAAUGCAGCAUUUUUGAUCAUGCAUUUGAGAAGAAGGUUUAAUUAACAUUUCCGUCUUUUCCUCCUGUUCAGCUACAUUUUACCGUCUCUGUCAAUAUCAAAAAGCGAUGGAAAAAAAAAACAAGCAGUGACCUGUGACAAAUGUAGCAAUGGAAGCUCGUCCACUAGUCCCUUCAGUUGAUGUUACGGCAGCGGGAACUGCAAUAUUUAUAUUUGGGGUUAUUUUUCAGGAAAAAAACGAAGUGUGUGACAGGAGGCUUCUUUUAUGUGCCUUUAGCUUGUGGUUUUGGAGAGAGGGGGAUAUUUUAAGGACAUGUCAGCCAUUUUGAUGCAGAGCCAGAAACCAGGGUAAAUCAAAGAAAGUACACAACUCCGUAAUAGAGGACCAAUCAGUUCAUACAGUACACGCACAAACCUUAUCCACACCCAGGAUACUUUGAAAUAAUACACUUACAUGGAAAUAAUCCAGUUAAGUAUUAAUUCCACAUUCUGAAAUGCCACUUUCAAAUCAAUAUUAAUGUCACUGAGCACGGUAUGUACGAAAUAGGAAUGUAUUUUUCUGAGGUGGGAGAAGAGAGUUUAGAAGUUGGAUUUUUGUUUGUAGUUGAAGCACAGAGAGUUGGAGUAGUAGCAGAAAAUAACUUUUCAUUGUGAUAAAUUAAUGUACAAGACCUUCCUCCAAACUGAGCUUGCUGUUAGCAUUUACCUAAUCUUAAUCCCAAAGUAAUAUUUAUAGAAUGAGCAUGAAUGUGAUGAUUAUGAUUGUUCUGGACACAGUUAUAAAGUAGGAAUGUCUCCGAAGUAGUUCUGUGUGUGUGUGUGUGUGAGUAUACAAUACACACUGAGUAGCUGUUUAUAUAACGCAGCAUAGUUUGUCUGACGGUGACGUGGCGAGUGAGUUUUCUGUGGGUUCAGGAAGAAUGGUCUUUCUGCUUGUUCACAGCCAGAUCCGAGAGAAGCUCAUAUGUUAACAUUCAAUUUACAUGAGGCCAAGUUUUAUUUCUUCAUUUCUAUCCGAAUUUUUAGAGUAACAAAUUUACAUUUCCAAUUAAUUCUGGUUUAAUUUUUCUCCAAAUUUGUGCUGAGAAGCAAUUCUGAUUAUUUUUUUUUUACAUUUCAUUUUUGUCUAAAUAAGAAAUACAUUUCUGCCAAUAGCUCAUCACAUGUUUGUUGUUUUUGUUUUCUUUUGUUUUCUGAAGACUGAUUUGAGGCUAGGGGACGGGCCAGGCUGGGCCAAGCAGGGGAGGCUUGGAUUUUCAGAAAGGACUUUGUUUGAGCUAUUGAUGACAGAUUGAUUGUCAGGAUGUUGCCAACUAAAAGCGGGGAGGAUCCUCUGCUUGCACAGUUUAACUUCACUCAAUUCUUUCCCUCAACCUGGGACCAGUGCCAUUUCUUUCCUUGUAAAACUCAAUCAUAACGCUCACACUACCUUAUACCUCAUCUUCCAAAGCCUCUGUGCUCUUUACUCUGCCUGGCCCCUUUAGUUUCAAAUCACAAGGUUGUCACUGAAUGUUUAUUAUACUUGUCCAUUAUGCACUGUGUAAGAGGCAGACAUAGCUUUUUUUUUAUCCCACUGGGGAGAAUUUGAGUUUGAUGCAGGUUGUAUAUUAAAACAGCUGGGAACGCACAAGUACACACACCCUAGUGUGGAGGGGAGUUGAUUAACUGAAGGGCACAUUACGACGUGCACACUGAGGGGACAGUGAAGGUUCAAAAUGACUCCCUUGAAAACAGUUCAUGCCUAAGUGUUCAAUCAAGAAAAAAGUCCUUUUCACCCCUUCUUCGAAGCUGUCUGGAAAUGUGUCCAAAAUGCCAGGAAGAAGCUUUUCAAUUUGUGGAUCAGAUUUUGUGGAUGGUCUGAUAUGUUGUACUGUCUUUGAAUAAUGUUUUUAAGUUGGCAGAUUCCAAAUACCCGGCCUUGAGAUUUUCAAGGCGUCAGUAGAAUGCUGUGAAUCACUCAAUACUGAACUGUGUGACUAUACAGAAGCUGAAUGCACUAUACUGGAGAUCUAUUUUUCUGAAUGUAGUGUUGGUACUACCAUGCGAAUGCUGCUGGAUCUAAACAAUAGACAAAAAAAUAAAUAAAAACAAAAAAAACAUUCACACCAACCUAGACAGAAAUAAAUUUUAGGAAGCACAGAUACGGUUUUCUGUUUUGACAAAUUGUCAAUUCAAUUAUGGUUCUGUUCCAGAGGAAGAGACAAGUUUGACUCUUGACUUGUCAGAGAGCAACGGAGAUCCCGUAACGAACAUAUUAACAGUAACAGAAAUAGUACUAACUGCAGCUGCAACUUUUUCCUUUUCCUGAAUAUGACUUGAAACACAUGCAGACUCAAAAACCAUCAAUAAAAUUAAACAAACGCUACAUGUACAUUGAUGUACUGUACACAGAUUUGUACAUAACACUCUGGAAAGAACAAAUCUAUGAUAUAACAAACUUAUCCUUCUUGUGAUAACUGUUCAUUUUAGCUGAUUUUAGUGACAGUAUGAUCAAAACUGCUAACUACUCCUUGAACUAAGAAAACUACACAAAACGCUGACAAGAUACAGAAUGAAAAAAAGUGCAUCUUUCAGUUGAAUUUCAUCGCCGUACCUGCAUUAAAAUGAAAAUAUCAUUUGAUCACAAUAUGGUGUCAUCUGUCCAUCUAAUCUCUCUGCAUGUGAUUUAUUUAGUUAUAAUCCUGAAUGUAAUUGUUUAACAUGGAAAUAAUAAUAAAAAAUACAAUGCUAUUUUAAAGAGGUAUAUUUGAAAAAAGCUAAUUGUCUUAACUGGUACUGAAAUGACCUACAGUAAUAUAAUACUGGGCUGUGCUUUUAUUGUUUGCCCUAUUAACAUGUUGUUAAGAAGACGCUGUAUUGGUAGUUCUGUUUGAUUCUCUCUCUUUUAUUUUUGCAUUGUAUUAAUCUUAGUUAUGUUUUUCUUCCUCAGUGCAAUAUUCAAUAUCUCUCUGUCUCUUUAAAUCUAACUGGUAAAACUAGAACUACUGCAGAUUCAUUGUAAAAGGGAAACAGCCUGGUGAUCAUCAAUUAAAGUACAUUGAAAUCUAAA